AUGCCUCCAAAGAAGUCGACAGCUGUUGCUGUUGACGAUCCAGCCGCAGACGAUGUUUCCAUGACUGAUGCUCCCGCCGCCGAGGACGGCACUCCCGCGCCACAGGAAAAGCCGUGGGUGGACGAGAAGCGGAUCAGAAUCCUUCCAGGAUCUUCAGAUACCGCUGCGUCGUUCGAGUUUAAGAAGGAGGAUCAUACGCUGGGGAAUUCGCUACGAUACAUAAUCAUGAAGAACCCCAAUGUAGAAUUCUGCGGAUACUCGAUUCCCCAUCCCAGUGAAGAGCUGAUGAACAUCCGAAUCCAGACGUAUGAAGGAACAACGGCAGUGGCAGCGUUGGAUAAAGGGUUCCAAGACUUGAUGGACUUAUGUGACGAGGUAGCACUCAAGUUCAUGCAGGCUCGAGAAGAUUUCGACGGAGCGAAGGAUUAA